AUGCUCACAUUCUGCUUGUUAGAAGCAGUGAUCGAAACACCAUUACAAUUAGCAGAAGACAUGCUGGUUAAGAGCGAUCACAGCGACAAGCUGGUCAUGACUACGAGCUGUCCGAUCGACAUUAUCCGCAGCUGGCUUUCUCGAAUCGAACAGACUCAGGAACAGCUUUUGGAACCGUGGUUCGAACGAGCUCGCGCAAAUCUGCUCUUAGCCCAUUUCCUCAUAGUGUCGUUGACAACGAUGAAUUUCAGGCCAUUCGAACUGCUCGGCGAUGCAAUACCAUCAAUGGGUCCGCUAGACGAUGGCAAGAAUCACUCAGAUUACGGUCUUGGGAGCACCUCGGAAAAUAGACUUUCUAUGUGCCAAUUGCAGCAGCUGAGCGCACUUGUAUCCACAUUGCGCCCAGACGCGGCUUUCUGGAUAGAUAGUAUAUGCGUUCCGAAGGCGGGGCAUGCUCGUAAGAAAGCUAUUAGUAUGAUAGCACGCACCUACCAAGAUGCCGAAGCUUAUUUGGUACUAGAUAGCAGUCUACAGCUCAUGAAGUCUACUGGGUCGCUUGGCGCAAAACUGCUAGCAGUCUUGACUUCUGGUUGGAUGCGACGACUCUGGAUACUGCAGGAAGGCAUGCUGGCGAAGCAACUUUACAUACAGUUUGCCGACGCCAACAAAGCGUUAGGUGAUCUGAUACCCCAAACUAGCGAUAUGUUACUACAACGAUACCAGGCAGAUCUGGCUGCAGAACUAUUUCGCCUGAUGAAGCGGUCUGGCUAUGGCACCUACACGAUUGGUAACGCGUCCCGGUCAUUACGCUGGAGAGAUACAACCCGAGCCACAGACGAGGCCUUGGCCGUUGCGAGUCUCUUGGGAAUCCAGAUCUUCCCUUUUUGUGACUUGCCUGGAGAAGAGCGUAUGAGGAUGAUCCUAGGACUAGAGGUCAUCUCGUAUCCGAGACCUGACGAGCGGCGCACAGACGAGGUACUAGUAUCGUCUUCCAACCGCAAGGCCGUCUGGCUAAGUAUCAGCCAAUUCAACCUCGCCGCUGGAGCACCAACGGUACGCGCGCAGAGCAAUGCUUGUCACGACAUAGCGACAAACUUUGUACCAGACCCGAAUGACGUGGGCCAACUACUAUCAUCCCCAGUCGCGUACCUGCACGCGGUUGAGCUAAGUGCAAUUAGUCGAUUUCGUGUGAAGAAGAAGUUCACCACUCUCGGCCCAACUACCUAA